UGUUAGAUAUAGUUUUUACAUGAAAGUAAGACAUAUCAAGUAUUAACCAUGGCGAUUAUGAUAGACGUAGCCUAUACGUAUUUAAUUGCUAACAUAAUUUGCCACAACAUAACGAAAAAAUAACCUGGUUGUUUUCUAAAUUAAUUUGGAAAGAUUAACAUUUCAAGGACUGUAGUUUUGUAUAUCCGAAGUAAUGGACCAGCCUACAAAUAACCAAACUGAAUCACUUAAAUAUUUAAAUGAAACAGAUAGCGGUGACGUUACCCACACACUUUUCUUGGGAAUCGGCACUGAUAACGUUAUUACACUCCUGAUAUUCGGACUGAUUUUUACUCUGGGAGUCUUGGGUAACUCCAUGGUCAUAACGGUCCUAGCUAGAACUAAACCUGGUGAACACCGCACUACCACCAACACAUUUAUCCUGAACCUCAGCAUCGCCGAUCUCUCUUACCUUCUGUUUUGCAUCCCUUUCCAAUCCACGGUCUACAUGCUGCCAACAUGGGUGUUGGGAGCUUUUAUCUGCAAGUUCAUUCACUACUUCUUUACAGUAUCCAUGUUGGUCAGUAUUUUCACUCUCUCUGCCAUGUCUGUGGACCGCUACAUCGCUAUUGUGCACUGCAGAAAGGCAUCUUCUAUAAGAGUGGCAAGGCAUGUUUUAAUUGGGGUGAUUGCAAUUUGGAUCAUGUCGCUUGCCAUGGCAGCCCCCGUGGCUUACCACCAGAGCAUCGUAAAAAGAGGAGGAAACAGCACAUAUUGUUGGGAAGUCUGGCCAGACUUGAAGCACAAGAAAAUCUAUGUGGUGUGCACAUUUGUGUUUGGUUAUGUGCUGCCGUUGGUGUUGAUCUCCUUAUGUUAUGCUAAGGUUUUAAAUCACUUGCACAAGAAGUUAAGAAACAUGUCUAAGAAAUCAGAGGAGUCCAAAAAGAAGACUGCUCAAACCGUACUGGUGGUGAUCGUAGUUUUCUGCAUCUCCUGGCUGCCACAUCAUGUGGUCCACCUUUGGGUAGAGUUUGGAUCAUUUCCUCUCAAUCAAGCCUCAUUUGUGUUCAGAAUUGCAGCGCACUGCCUUGCCUAUAGUAAUUCCUCUGUGAAUCCUAUUAUAUAUGCAUUCCUGUCCGAGAAUUUCAGGAAGGCUUAUAAACAAGUAUUUAAGUGCAAGGUCAGCAGUGACUCUCCUCUAAAUGAUGUCAAAGAAAUAAGAAGCAAGGACACUCCACUAUCCACUAACUGCACCAAUGUCUGACAACAUUCAUGGAGGUUUUUUUUGUUUCCUGCUUAAUGUCAAAGCAUACAGAAAAAAAGGCUUUUUGGAUAAUUCUAGCUAAACAUUUUCAUUACUAAAUGAAAUGCAGCGUCCUAAAUGGAGUGACGAUAUCAAACAAGAAAUUUAAAGGUAAAAGUUAUCACAGCUGAUUCAAUUCUACAUGGAAAAGGAGACAGAUUUAUUUUCAGUUGUUUAUAAGUCUUCUCACCCCAUCAGUUGUUGAGAACAUUGAUGCUGUUCUAUAUCAUAGAGACUCAUAAACACAAGAACACAGUUUGACUUAUUUAACAGUGCCGACAGUACAUUUCUGACAACAGCUAGUACCUAGAAUGUUAUUGGAACAGAACAAGAACCUAUGAUGACUCCCUCUAUUCAUUUAAUUAUUUGCAUACAAUAAAUGUUGAUUUGAUUAAAUGCUUUAACACUAGGGUGGAAGCAUCAAGGUUCCUGGUGCAUAAUCAGUACUAUUGGCAACUCUGAAUCCAAUCGAGGUUGAUGAAAAGCAUUGAGAAGUUGAAAUUGAUCUGUGGAGAGCAGUGGCAAAGAUAUCCCCUGACUUUUGACAUGAACAUUUGUCUUGAAGCUGUGACAAAUCAAAAGGAGAUCAAACCAAAUGUGAAUUAAGAUACACUGAACAGGUGUCAGUAUUUGUGACCAAGAAUGUUCUUUACUAAACAUGUUUGUGUUCUUUUGUUUGUUCUUUGGACUUUUUGCAUUGAAAGUUAAUUAAAGUGCAAGUAAGUUUCAGAUUUAUUAAUUUUUUUACUUAAUAUUGUUACCUCCAAAUGUUCUGUUAUACUUUGAAAUACCCAGUUCUUAUGUGAAUUUUUAUAUAACUUUAACUUCACAUUUUGCUAACAUUCUGGUCAGUACAUUUCCAUGGUUACCAGCAGAGUCCCUUUAGUUUGAUCCCCUCUCUAGGACGUGUAGCCACUGCAAUUGUAUUGCAGGUAUUUUUUUGGUAAUACUUAGACUUGUCAGUUUAUAAUUUGUGGUAUCAUAACAUUCUAUGUGCAUCUUAUAUACUGACCAAUCCGCAUUGUAUGUGUUUUAUCAUACAGGUAUAACUGUCAGAAUCAGAUUGUUAGACGUCACUGAGGGCUCAAGGGGUGUUGCAGAUAGACAAGGAGAUUCAUUAACUGGAAUGGGAAAGACGUUGGCCUUUUCUUAACCUUUCAAAGCACUUUCCAAGGUCAUAUAAAUAAAAUAAACAAAACUUCAUUUAUGAGCAACAACACUCAGAACUACUAUCAUACAAAGCUACUUCUUCUUUAAAUAACCAUAGGGUGUCAAUACUAAUCAGGACUCCUUAUUAGAUACUCAAACAUGCAUGAAAGAUAAGGCCGAAAAAGCUAUAGCCUAUAUAUAUAUAUAUAUAUAUAUAUAUAUAUAUAUAUAUAUAUAUAUAUAUAUAUAUAUAUAUAUAUAUAUAUAUAUACUUUCUGCAAUAUUCUAUAUUAGUGAUGUACAGAAACCCCAAACAUUUCACCUCCAUUUUACGGCUACAUUUAUAAAUAUGGUCUUAUGAAUUACCCAUGCCCACUCCUGUCCUUUAACUUCUGUUUCCAUUUAUCUAUCGAAAGCAAGCUCCACAAUAUAAGCUUAAUGUAAAGACCAGGUUACAAUUCAGCUUACACCCUCUGUGUUGGGUCUUAUUGCUUACAUAUCUGUCUUUACCUGAAUUGCUUUAAGCUUUCUGGAGAAAACUGUCUGGCAUUGAACAGACUUCAUUCCAUUCAAACUACGUAAACCACUUCAACUCUGCUUGCCCAAUCUACUCAUUAUAUAUUUAGAGGGUGAGUAUGUGGACCAGCCAAGUUAAAAGAACAGUUUGUCACAUGAUUUGAAUGGAAUGAGGAAGUCUGUUCAGUCCAAGGCAGUUUUCCAGACAAGACCAAAGACAAGCAAAGACUAUGAUUUGAGAAGAUUAUGAGAAAAAUAUUGGAUCAGCAGAACCAAUGCAAUUGCAAACAUCUCAGAAAAGCAAGGUGAAAAAAAGUAAUUUCAAGCUACUCCCCUUUAAUGAAUGAGGGCAAGGGAAUAAAGACCAAAUAAUUAAACACUUACUUAUGCGAUUAGAUGGACUUUCAAUUAGUUUCAAUCCUCUCUACCCAGCCUUAUUUUAUUUUUAAAAGCAUAGGUCUCUUACCUGUGCACACACAAUGAAAACCUUGUAGAGAGCUGAAAAGCUGUAGCUAAAAGGCUUUUUACCAGCUAGUUAGGGUGAGAGAGUAGUUAUGGGUGAAUUUUCUCCUCAAAACUAAGAGUAUUGUAUGCACUGAGAUGAAAGAGGAAAUGGAAACCAGUUUUCUCUCCUCUUUAUUGUGCUCUAAUAAAAUAGGUUCUGUUGCUGUGUUACAAUUUCAUUUUCCUCAGUUAUUUUG